GUCUUAUCUUCAACCAUGGGGCAACACUCCGCUUUUUCGUUACCUUCUUGGAUGGGUUAAUCCUCUGAAUAUCGCUCUUGUAAAAUCGUACCAGCCCGAGUUCACUAUGAGGUACUACUGCGAUGUCAAUGUGAUCCAGGAUUACCUGGUCCCGAUUACUGAGCUGAAGCCUAUGCUCGACUUAGGGGACGAAGCGCUAGGCGUGUAUCCAAUAUGGCUUUGCCCUUACCUCAACAAGCACCACGAGGUUGUAUCCAUACACCAUCCGCACUCCAAGGAUAAGGAUGUCAUGUACAUUGACGUUGGGUACUAUGGCCUUCCAUCCGUGAAGGGUUUUGAGAUGAAAAAGGCUCUGCGCCGAAUCGAAGAAUGGCUGAUUCCGCGCAGAG